GUAACCACCUAGUCAAAACACGCCUGUUGUGCCGGGAGGAGAGCCGAGAGACGGCUCUCGGCCGGCAACACCGAUUCCAAUUCCAGUUGGCCUCUGGACUUGUGCAUCUCGUCUCGCUUUCCUCUCCGUUCAUCCGCUCUCGCACUCUCGCUUUUCUCCGCCGAACAAUCUCGCUCGCUUCCGAAGUUUUUCUCUUCUCGAUUCGGUCGCGAUCGUUACGGUGGAUGAGAAAUCGUGGAACGGUGCGUGGCACGAUCUAGGUUUUUCUUUUUUCUUUUUUUGGAAAAUCGUUGGGAAGUGAAAAAAGCAGGGUGGGAGGAAAGUUUGGUGGGGAGGAGAAGCGUGUCACCGUAGGGAAAUAUAUAUUUAGUCGUGGUUUCGAAACGCGGCUGGAGGAGACUGAGACCGAUUUUACGACGACCUUGGCUCGGAGGAAUCGUAAAACCGCGCGAGGAGCGACCGUCCGUGCUAUUUUCGAGUGAAAUAUUGGCGCGUAAUUCGCGGGGAAGAUCGGUCGAGGACGCGAUCACUGGUCGCUGAAAUAUCUUACGAACAACAGUGUACAGUCGCGCGUUAAUUAAUUUAUAAAUCGAGAGACGUUCAAGAGAAAGAGAGUCGAGGCAAACCUCUUGAACGAUCGAGCGCGUUAAACUCGAUCGUCGUUCCUUCCUCGGUUAAUUAAAAGAGAGAGCGACGCGUAAAAAAUCGGUCGAUUGAACCACGUGACACGUCGAGAUUCUUCGAGGAACUUGACCGUUCCUCUAACGGUGUGUCGUACGUAAACGUGGAUAGCUUCUUCUCUACUAGAUCCGCGGCUUACACUCUCAACGAUCUCCCCAUCUCUGUUCUAUCCAUCUUGUUCUUCCGUUUCGUGCGAUAAAUCGUUCCUCUUCGAACGAAAUUUGAUUCCUCCUCACAGGAGGAGGAAUUAAUAGCGUUAGAGACGCGUUUCCGCGAUUGUACAAAAUCGAGGAGGAAUUUCGUGCGGUAAAAUAUCGGCUUCUCUAUCGCGGACAUUUACGUACGAUCCUCUCGCGAUUAAUUAUUCUGGCCGAGGCAUUUAAACGGCGAACGAGGCCGUAGGCCCGUGAGAGGAAAGCGUAAUCGCUUCAAAAUUGUGUCGUCCCAGAAAGCGAGGGCGGGCCGUCCUCGUGGAAAAACACGAGGAGGGGAGGGGAGGAAACAAUAGCUCGGUUGAACACGAUCGAAACGUCCCGUUGUCCCGCGCCCGUCGACGGAGAAACAACACACCACGCGUCGGUGUUCGCUUUUCGGGGCCGGCGUAUCACGGUUAUUACGAAUUAAACGAAAAAGAGGUUAAUUCCGUGGCGGCUAAAACGGUCGAUUCGAGCGGCUAUUUUCAGCUGUGAAACGUGACACUUCAUUCAUAAUACUCGACCGUAAGCUCCUCCUCGCCGGCCGACACCUAAUUAAAUCUGAAUUUCCUGCCUCGCCUCUUCCUCUCCGGUUCUACAUACGGUUGCAUACUUCCUUGUUGCCGCUCGUUCUUCUACUCGCAAUCUUAUUUUCCACGAUCGAGCGACACGAUCGAUCGAUUUACUCGCCGCUACGGUUUAUCGGCAAGUGACGCGGAAGGGUAUCGAUGAUCGAUGAGCAGCGCGAUCGGUAGCUAGGAAAGGGUUUGGGUGUCGAGGGGAACGAAGGUCUAAGUGGAAACGCGUGUUUUCGCCGCUGCCCUUUUCGCCCUUAAUCCCUGUAGACCGGGUUUCCAGCAACACCGACGCCGGGAAAGGGUCGAGUCGGUAAAUCAGCCGGAGGUUCAUUCCCUCCUUCCAUUCGCUCGCCUCGCGUCCGCGCAGUCUGCUCCAUCCUCGCGAUCGCGGGAUUAAGUUGAACGCGCACGGAUUAAAACCUUCGCCGUACGUCCCGCAAGGAUUAAACGUUUCCUCUUUUGUACCGUGUCGCGAAUCGGGGACUAGCUGUUAAGCGUGACUAGCUUCGGUCGUUGACUCGAUCUCCGCUCCGAUCCCAUCCUCUUUUAAUCCCCCCUUGUCUUCGCUUCUUUUCCGAUCCUCGAAACCUCGGCCAGCCAGUAAUCGACAAUUAUAUAUAUAUAUAUUCCAAUUAUUCCCGCUGUAGAAUCUAUCUCAAAAUGUUACGCGAGGGAGGAAUAUAAUAAUCCAGGUUGGAUAGGCGCGACUUCGUCGAAAAUAUUUAACCGACCGUGUCGAAUGUCGACCCUGAUCGCGACCGAACCGGAUCGAAUCCGCCGCCGAUUUGCGUCCUGUGCUCGGUUGCCCAUGCGAGAAUUGUGACUCGUCGCGGAGGAGAGAGAAGAAGAAGGCGUCUCGAGAUGGAUCGCGAUAUUUGGAAGAGCGAUAGCGGUCGCGCGAAGAGGUUGUCGACGAUCGCGGAAUACUCGGAGGCCGGGAUCGACGAUAACGAUCAUCGUCCACCGUGCAACGAGGAGGAGAAGGAGGAGGAGGAGCCAUCGAUUCCCAGAGGCGAUCCCGAGCGAACGCUCGAGGACCAGGCGGCGGCCGUCGAGUACUUCCUCGUGGACGACUCGCCGAUGGCGAAGUUCAGUCGGAGCAUCAAGUGGAUCUACAAGAAAUUACCAGUGGGCGGGGGUGGUGCUGUGCUGGUGCUCAGCGAGCUUGAAAGCAUGGCAGCCAGGCAACAGCGGGAAAUUGCCCAGCAAAGGCGCCUCCUGGAGCAGAGAGAGGCCCGUCUAGCCGUGCUUCGAGGCGCACAGGAGCCAGCACAGCAGGACAAACUCGCCAGAUUGAGGCACAGGUUGGACCAACAACAAAGCAAACUGAAUCGGUUGCGAUUACUCAGGUCGCAAACCGACCAGUCACGUGCCAACAACGCCACGCUGACCUCGGACCUGGACUGCAUAAGGGCGCUGUUCAACGAGAAGGAGAAGGAGCUCUCGUUGGCGGUGGCGAAGGUGGAGGAGUUGACGCGACAACUCGAGGAGUUGCGGGGCAGGCAGAACGCGGCCGGGACCGGAAGCGGAGGUGGAGGCGCCGGAGGCGUCGGCGGCGGAGGCGUUGGAGGCGGCGGCGGCGGUGGACACUUGUCGACGCCAGCCAGCGCCGAGCUCGAGAAACUCAGGAGGGAGCUUAUUUAUCGUAACAAGAUGAACGAGCAGCAGAACCAAAUGGUGUCUCAGCAACGGUUGGCCCUAGCGCAACGGCAAGCGGAGAUGGCGUCGAUUGACGCGAGGAUAGCUCAGCUGCAGGGUCGCCUUCAACGCAAGAGAGCGUUGAACCAACGGCUGAGCCAGCAGCUAGGCUCUGGGAAUCGCACGAGCGCGAGCACCGGGUUCACAGAGUCGAAGCUGGACUUCAAUGGCGGGGGGAAGUCGAGGCCUGCUGGAAAUAUAGCCGCUAUCGAACCCUAUUCCCAUAUACCGAACGACAACGAUUUCAAUUUGAACAAGAACGACCCGAAAUACCAGACACUGCCUUACAACACCAAAUUCACGGUGAAUUUCAAGGCUGCCGAAGACGACGUUAAUAAGAAUAAGAUACAACACUCGGCCAGUGCAUCCCAAUUAGGUCAGAGGGCAGCUUUUCAACAGUUUGGUCAUCAAAUCGCCCACAGCCAAUCCCAAUCUCAUAUUCAAGGUCAAUCCCAAUUACUGGGCACGAAUCAACACAAUCAGAAUCUGCCUAAUCAAUCCGUCAACAUGCAACAGACUUGCAACAACAACAACAAUAACAACAACAACAAUAACAAUAACAACAGUAAUAACAACAACAACAACGCCAAUAGCACGAACAACAACCUGAUUAGCACAUCCCACAACUUCAGCCCCGAAGGUUUGUCGCAAAAUCUUCGGAUCCAUCAUCAACAGCAAUCGCAGUCGCAGACGCAACAGCAGCAGCAGCAACAACAACAGCAACAGCAACAGCAACAACAACAACAACACGGAAGCAUUCAACAGAAGCAACACAACGUUGGUUCGUCGACAUCGAAUCUCGGCAGCACCGUAUCCAUCACUCAAACACAAAAUCACAGAAACCUUCAAACGCAUCAGAAACCAAUAUCCAGCGUGGCGCCAAGUUUCUCCGUCAAGUCUCAAAUCUAUCAGACUUCCUCCACCAAGAUUCAUCCCGUGAUGCCGCAAACUUUGAGCCUGAUAGGCCGUGGACACAAUAACGCGCAAAAUUUCGUUGGUCUGAGCACUCAGGCAGGUGGGAAUCAGCAACAAUCGAAUCAAUCCUCUUCUAACAAUCAAACGUCCACUCAGGACCAGACGUACGCGUCGAGGCACAACUAUCCCGGUAUUCAACACUCCGCCCAAGCGAAUACUCACCCUGUGUCCUCAUCCUCGGUGUACCAGACGCAGAAUUCUCCCAAUCCUUCGUCGACCAUUCACACGUCGUCGAGCGGGACCAGUUUUGGAAACUCGGUUCAAAGAUACAAUCAGGCUCAACCGUUAACCGGGCCCGCGUCCAACAACGAACAAUCCGAUAAGAUAAAGUUUUCGGAAGGGAAGGUUCAAGAAAAAUUCGAGCACGCCCUUCCGGCUAAACACGAACAGCAGAGGUACGAGGCCAAUCAGGUGUUCAAGUACGAUUCUCAUCAGAUAAAGUACGAGCAGCAUUCCAAGUACGAUCAACACGGGAAGUACGAUCAGGCGAAUCAACAAACGAAGUUGUACGAACAAUCGAGCGCGAAGCACGAACAAAUUGGAAAUCAGACGAAUCGUUACGAAUCGAAGAUGGAUCAAGGGAAGUACGAAAGCGGGCAGAACAAGCACGAACAAAUUCACGGAACUAAGUACGAUCCUAAUCAGAAUACUCAACAGUACGGUAAACACGAUCAACACGAGGUGAGGCCGUCGAUCAAGUACGAGCACAAUGCGGGAUUUAAGCACGAAACGAGCUCGAACAAGUACGAGGGCGGGGGCCAGCAAUUCAAGCAGGAAUCGGUGAAAUUCGAGGGGAACAAAUUCGAGCAAAGUUCCGCGACGAAGCACGAGCACAAUGGGAAAUUUGAGAUCCCCGCGAAAACUGUGGAGAAAAGCUCGUUCGAAUUCGAUAGGUUGAAAAACGAGAACGAAAGGAAAAGUAUGAUAGAGGACAAGACGAAACCGGCGCUACCUCCGAAACCGAGCAAACCGAAUCCCCCUCCGCGGCUGACCCAUCACGAGAAGAUGGACAAUCCGGGCGACGGGAUCGCCGAUUGCAAGAACAAUUUAGGGAUCAAUACGAGAACAGAGAAAGAAGAGGACGUUCCACCGAUCCCCACGUCCGAACCACCGGAAUCGCCGACGGAAACCCAAUUCGGCAAUCAUCAAAUCAUCAAAGCCAGGCCUUUAACGUUGAAGAAGGCACCGAUCUCUGAGCAGCCGAAGCUCCGUUACGCCAAAUCGAAUGUUCACGUGUCGAUAAAUCGACGGAUUGAGAUGCCACCGGCGUUUCUGUUCCCGGAAACCGAGAUUCCAGCGGACCUGAUGCAAACGGAACAGCAACAACAACAACAACAACAGCAGCAGCAGCAACAGCAGCAGCAGCAACAACCGCAACAACCUCAGCAACAAUCACAAAUCAUCGAUACGACGGACAAUUGCAAGAAGAGCGUUUCGAUCAUCAAUGAAGAUGUGAUUAGUAACGAGAAAUUGGAGGAAGCGGAUAUCAUUGACGCGUUGAACGUUAUCAAUAUCGAGGAUAAAGUGAAGGCGAAGGAUUCCGAGAGAAGAACGGAAUUGGAAGUCGAUGGGAAGAGCAACGAGGUGAUGAGAAGGAAGAAGGGGAAUCUCAAGUCGAGCACGGGGAAAGCGAAUCUCUCGAGGAGGGUUUCCUUCGAUCCUCUGGCUCUGCUGUUGGACGCCAGUCUCGAAGGUGAAUUGGAAUUGGUGAAGAAGACUGCUAAGGAAGUGGCGAAUCCCAGUUCGGCUAACGACGAGGGCAUCACUGCGCUUCAUAAUGCCAUUUGCGCCGGUCAUUUGGAGAUAGUCAAGUUUCUAGUGGAAUUUGGCUGCGACGUGAACGCUCAGGACAGCGACGGAUGGACUCCUUUACACUGUGCCGCGAGUUGCAAUAAUUUAUCCAUGGUAAGAUUUCUGGUGGAGCACGGAGCUUGUAUAUUCGCCACUACACUGUCCGACCACGAAACUGCGGCGGAAAAAUGCGAAGAAGACGAGGAGGGUUUCGAUGGUUGCUCGGAAUAUUUAUACAGCGUCCAAGAGAAGCUUGGAAUAAUGAACAAUGGCCAAGUUUAUGCAGUGUUCGAUUACGAGGCGCAACACAGCGAUGAGCUCACUCUGAAGAAUGGUGAUUCCUUAGUUGUCCUUCGGAAGGGCGAUGACAAUGAGAGAGAAUGGUGGUGGAGCAAACUGGGACACAAAGAAGGCUACGUACCUAGAAAUUUACUUGGCUUGUAUCCAAGGGUGCAACCGGCAAAGAUCGACUGAAGCGAGUUUCGGUCAGCAAACUCAUAAUAUCCGAUGAUUCAUUACCACAGUAUUCGAUUCGCAGCUUUAUCUUGUUAAGUAUCAUAGUUGCAUCGUCGCAUUACGGAUCGUUAUAUUAAUUUAAUCGCGCCCCAUUGUCAUCCGAACGAAGCGAAACAGAAUGUUCUAUAUAGUUUUUUAUAUCUUCUCUUUUUUUUUUUUUUUUUUUUUUUUUUUUGUAAAACGAAAUGAAUUUAUUGCUAAUAAGUCCGGAUCAUGGGUGAAUCACGAAUCAACAUAAACGAACAAUUAAAUAAAAAAAGCGAAAAAAUGAUAAACUACACAUUCUACACAUGCGUAAAUUUUAACCGUUUUCUUAUCUUUUUUCGACUCUCUUAUCCAUUUUUCUUUCUCUUUUAAAUUAAAACAUAAUUUGAAGGAUGAUAUAAUUUUAAUUAUAUAGUGAUUUUUAACUUACAAUUCCUUCAAUUGAAAAACGAUUCGAUACAAAAAUAAAAUAAUUUCGAUGAAUUUUACCCGUGAUUCCACUUUUAGCUCAACGGCCGCAUAGUCAAUAUAAUUGGAAUAUUUACGUUUUAAUAUCCAUCGUCUAAGUAUUGCGCCGUGAUGAACAUCGUUUAAAAAGUUUUCUCUUGGGUUCAUCCUAGCCAAGUGUCGAUUAACGACGGUCCGAUUGAGAAUAUUUAUAAUUUUAUUUAUUUUCAGUAAACGCAAACUUUUUUUAUUGUUUAAAAAACAAUUGUAAUUAUUUGAAAAUAGCAAAAACUGGCAGCACUUUUUGUUUUUUUUUUUUUAAGAUGAAGAAAUAUUUUCAUUGAAAAUAUAUGCGUUUUUCAUUUUCAUUUUCGAGACUUGGCGAGAAAGACAAAACUUUUUGAACGAUUUUCCAAUCUCGUUAAAGAGGCAACUUUUAUUUUACGCAUAUUACCAUAGAACAUAAAACGUUCUAUAUGAACUACAUAGACAUACUUAAAACGCGUUUGGUUUGUUUCACCUAAAUGUUUUUAUUUAGAUGAAGUCAGAUUAUUGUUGCGUUCAUUGUUAUGUUUUUAUUCGUCUAAUGAAAUUUUCCAAAUCCGAUCAAAAAGAAUUCGGAUUUCGAAAAUGUUCCUAAGAAUUGUGUAUAAUGUAAUCUUGCCAAUACGCACUUUUUAAAUGAUCCGUUAUUAAGAAAGAAAAUUGAUAAUCUUACGCUUGCGAACACGGAAGAGAUUAAAAAAAAUUUCGAUGGUCCGAUAUGACCAUAUCCAAUAUUUCUUUUGUUGUUUGAGGCGUAAUAUACAAAUCGAUGCGAUUCGAGAAUCUCUGAGUAAUCAAUUUAAAACUUGAUACAUUAAAUAUAGAUAUUAUAAUUAAUUAAUUAUUGUCUAGGAAAAAUUCGAAUGAUCUGAAUCUACAAAUAUUCUAAGAUCAUUGUUAUACUGUCUGAAAAAACAGUAAUUGAAUUAAUUCUAGAAAAAGGAAAGAAUUUUAUUCGAUUCUCAGAAUGUUUUUGACAUUAACACGCAUUCACUCCUACAUACGCACGCACUCACGCGUGUACACAUACAUACACACACGUAAAUGAAGUAUGUGCCUUUCAGAAGUAAUAAUGGUAUAUUAUGUAAGAAUGCAUGAUAUAUUAUGACGAAUAAAUUGUUUUUAAUAAAAAUCAA